CACCACGCACGGAGGCUGUUUUAUUGUUCGGCGGCAGUGAAUGGCCUCCGGUGGUGGGCCUACGCUCUCCUCCCGGCUCCCUCCUCUGGCCCGCACGCAACUGCGGGGAAGGCGCGGACGGAGCCGUCGAGCUCGCCGAUUGACUCGGAUGCCCGCCCGGCCGCUGCCGCGUGAGGCCUGCAGGCCGUGGUGAUGGAGACGGAGGUAUCACCAAGAGCCCUCGCGGAGCCUCCCACAGACGGGCUGCUCGUGAUGCCACGACAGCCUCUUCUUGCCCCCCCAACAUCCGCCAUGGAGUUUCUCCCAACACAGUUCUUACCGAGCACCCAGUCUCCAACAAAGACGCGUCGCAGUGCAUUUGGCGUCCCGGAACAUGUCCGACCCCAGCAAGCCCAGAGUUCUGAUGGACCCGAGCCGCAGGCUAGCCUCCCCGCCGGCUGGGAAGGGUCAGCGGAGCACGUCUCCCUACAGUGGCAGUGGCCCAUUCCUGAUGCCAUGCCCUGGGUCACCCAGACUGCUGCACCCGUCUCCUUCACCGCAAGCCAUCCGCGAGAGACACACUGCCAGUCUGGGCUCAAGAGUGGUGGAGUUCUGCGGCUCAAGAGGAGGAAGGCUGUGGAAGAAGAGGCGACUCGGUGCAAGCAAGCGCUCACGGAAGAAAUGAUGGCAGCCAAGCUGAGCAGCCUGAGCCUCAACAAUGACCACGUAUACGGCUCGAAUGGGUUUCCAGCGCGGCGCGACACGCAGGAACGCGACAGCAAGUACCGCCAGUGGGAGGAGGCGUACCGCCGCUUCUGCGAGCUCGAGGGCAGGCUGGAGGAGGAGGAGGAGGAAGAUGGAGAGAAGACCGGGGUGUUUGAGGAAGGCGUGUACGACAUGUCGGACAACCCCAUCAUCACCCUGUCCUGCACGCUCAAGGAGCAGCUACGGAACACCAUGACCGAUGCCAUCACUCAACUCACCAUUGAUUCCAUCAGGCGGCCGUGCAUGGAGCUGGUCGUCUGGCGCCCGCCGGACAAGAUGCUUCGUGAGACGCUGCGUGCCAUCGAGUCCGACUCCCGGUCCCCGACCCCAGUCCCUGGGCCAGCGACACCGUCCUCCCGUGCCACCACCUCCUCCUCCUCCGCCAAGCUUCUUCCCAGCGUGGACGAGGGAGAAGUGGAGCCCUCUUGCGAGAAUGUGCUCGUUGAGACUGAUUUGAAUGCGGCCGCCAGACACAGAACUCUCUUGACAGAAGAAGACAUGGAACUCUGAUCACAUUGAGGUUGUGAUGCGUGUUAUAUAUAUGUUUUUCUAUUUGAUGCCAUUUAUUGUUGGGUGAUGUUUUGGACGUUGUUUGAAGGUUUGUCAGUGUGAGGCACAGCUGUACAGGGACAGUAGUUGUAUUGCUAUUGCUCUUAAGUUUGCUAAAUAAUUUUCUGUCCAGUGUUAUUCCUCGUGUGUGUGCCAGAAUUCAUUGACCAGUACCAAUUUAACAACACUUUACUGUUUUAAUCUGUGAUCUUAAACAUUUGGUUGCAUUGAUUACCUACACCAGUAAUGCAAUUCAAUUCUAAAUAUGGUGUGUCUUAACGUUUAAUAAAGUGUGCAAUCAUCCCAACGCUUGAAAAUUCUUCCAUUCAAUCAGAAUAACAUGCAAUCUUAAAUGUACUUAAUUAAUGACAAAACAAUGUAUUCGUUUGAAUCCAGAUACAUUUGUUUAUUACUUAACAAUUUUGAUGUAUGUAGCGUUCUAAACGUGAUUGCAUCUCAAGCCAAGGAUUGCUAAGAGGAUUUUAGUCAUUAACCAUACAAUUAGCUGAAAUGAUAUAGCAUGCAAUGUGGAAACCUCACCACAAAAUCCUUAAUUAAUUGCGUGAAAUUCUGCUCGAUAAAUUGCAUUUCCACUUGUUUUAAUACGUGCUAAUAUCUCAUUGAACAUUAAACCCCCUGCAAAUGUGUCCAUACAAAAAAACGUGUCCUACUCGCAAACGAUCGAGAGAAAAAAAUCUAUCCGCCUUUUCUACUUUGUUGAAUAAAUACAUUUACUUUUAAGCCAA